CACCCCAUCUCAAUUCUCUCAAGUCGCCCUUCAAUUGCGCAACAACCCGCAUCUCGUCCUCCGCUUCUUCCACUUCACCCUCCAACACUCUCUCACCUCUCAUUCCCCCUCCUCCUACGCCACCGCCAUUCACAUUCUCUCUCGCUCUAGGCUCAAGCUCCACGCCCUCAACCUAAUUAAAUCAGCCAUAGUUGCCUUCUCCGAUGCUCAGCCGGGAAGCGCUAUUGUACUUCUCGAGGCACUGGUAAAAGCUUACAGAGCUUGCGAUUCUGCACCCUUUGUGUUUGAUUUGUUAGUCAAAGCUUGCUUGGAGUAAAAAAAGAUCGAUCCUGCGCUUCAAAUUUAUUCAAUUUUGAAGUCUAAGAAUGUGUUACUGAAAACUAGCACUUUGAAUUCUUUGAUUGAAUUGGUGUGCAAGACCCGCAGUUGUUUCGCCGGAUAUGAUUUGUAUAAAGAAAUAUUUCAUAAUGAUGUUGAUAAUGAAGAUAAAAGUCGGCCAUGUGGCAAGGAAAACUUUCCAAUCUCGAACACGUUGAAUGUGGUUAUGGUUGGUUUCUACCGGGAGGGGAUGGUGGAUAAGGUGGAGGAGGUGUGGCAAGAGCAUGUGAGAGUUGGUUGUGUGCCAAAUAUGUAUAGUUUUAAUGUGUUGAUGGCUACAUAUUGUGAUCACGGACGAAUGGAGGAUGCAAUUAGAGUAUGGGAGGAAAUGGAGGAUAAAGGUUUAAAGCGCGAUGCAGUAGCAUAUAACACCAUUAUUGGAGGGUUUUGCAGAGCAGGAGAUGUUGAGAGAGCAGAGGAGAUAUAUAGAGAAAUGGUGAUGCAAGGUGUGGAGAGUACUUGUGUUACUUUUGAGUAUCUCAUAAACGGGUAUUGUGAAAUUGGGGAUGUUGAUUCCGUGAUGAUGUUGUACAAGAAUAUGUGUAGGAAAAAGUUCAGCCCUAGCAGUUCUACUGUUAAUGUUAUCAUUAGGUUGCUUUGUGGUAAGAAUGAAAUUUCUGCAGCAUCUGACUUUUGGUGGAGGGCUGCAAAGAAGCACGAGGCUGCUUUAGAGAGGGAGAAUUACGAGAACUUGGUAAAAGGUUUGUGUGGGGAGGGGAAGAUGGAAGAGGCUUUGAAGCUUCAGGCAGAGAUGGUCGUGAAGGGGUUUGAACCAAAUGUAGGCAUAUAUGGUGCAUUUAUCGAUGGCUAUGAUAAACUAGGGAAUGAAGCCAUGGCGAGUAAAUUGAGGAAAGAAAUGCUUGAUAAAGAAACGUUGUCUGAGUAGAAGUUGGUCAUACAAUCAAAGGAUGAAGCACCUUCAGCCUGGUGGGUUCUCUGUAAUUCGCACGCAUACUAUUAUAUUGCUUUAUUUAUUGAAUGAGUUGUUUUAUACAAUUAAAGCAGAGGUUACCCUAAGUCUUCACUAUUACAUC